GGAGCGGCGGGAGCCAGCGGCGGAGGAGAGGCUAGCGGCCGCGUCACCCUGGCCACGGCCCGGCCCUGCUCUGACGUGCGCGUCGCUGCGGAGACCCUCGGCCGGGUGGGACCACGCCAUGGCCCCCACCGACGCCCCGUCCGCCCUGGCGCUCAGGGCCGUGGGCCCCGCGGCCGCCACCCCGUACGGCGCCUUCUGCAAGGGGCUGUCCCGCACUCUGCUCGCCUUCUUCGAGCUGGCCUGGCAGCUGCGCAUGAACUUCCCGUACUUCUACAUCGCGGGCUCCGUGAUCCUCAACAUCCGCCUGCAGGUACACAUCUAGAGCGGCGUCCGGGCUGCUGGUGGCCCGCAAGAUGGCCGCUGCCCGGGCCGCCGGG